GGGAAGAGCUGUAUCAUGCCAACAAUUGCUCAUUGAGAGAGCUUUUAAAACCAAAUUACCUUGUGUAAUUCUUUUGUGCUUUUUAAUGAUUAAAUUUUUUUUUAUUGCUGAAAAACAUACAGGAAUUUUAUAAUAACAGGCAUCUGCGAUAGUCAUCUAUGAUGAGCGAAGGACAUCCGUAUGCAAAUGAAGAAUUUUUACCUUUUGAUUUUGCAAUUAUCACAAACGAAAUUCGAGAGAGAGCAGCAUUAGAAUUAAACGAAACAAAUGAAAAUCGUUCAAAAUGUUUGAAAGAGUUGAAGAAACUCAUACAAAGAAAAAAGAAUUUCAAAGGAGAUACUAGAGAUGAGUUUUUGGUUCGAUUUUUACGGGCCAGGAAGUUCAGAACGAAGGAUGCCUUUGCUCUCUUGUGCAACUACUACGAACAUCGUGUGCGUUAUCCUGAUGUAUAUCAAAACUACAACGCAAAAUCUUGCACGGACGCGAUGCAAGCGAAUAUGUGCAAUUUUUUGCCAACCCGAGCUCCUGAUGGAAGUUCUAUAUGGGUUAUCAGAGUAGGUGCUUGGGAUCCUGAAAUCUUUCCGUUUGAAGAAUGUUUGAAGUUGGGUUUGCUAUGCCAAGAAAAAUCACUUCAAAAUCAAGUGACGCAGAUAUGUGGCUUAAUCUCUAUAGUUGACUUAAAGGGACUCUCGUGGUCACAUGUGCGACACCUGCAUCUUCAAAACAUUCGUUGUUUAAUAAGUUCAAUACAGGAAUCCUUUCCGCUCAGGCAUAAGGCAAUACAUGUGAUAAACAACCCAGCAUUUUUCGCACUUGUGUUUGCUAUACUUUCUCCUCUACUGAAGCAUAAAAUCAAGAACCGGAUAUUCUUCCAUGGUGACAACUUAGAAACUCUGCAUCAAAUCUUACCACCAUCUAUUUUGCCAGAAGAACUUGGUGGUUCUAAUGGACCUUUUGGGAAUGAAAAGUUCUUUUCUUCACUGUUGCAGAGUGAGGACGAAUUUCAAGAGCAGUUAAAAUAUGGUUACAGCACAAAGAACACAGCUCCCGUGAAAUAAACUGAUCCAAAUCUUCGUGAAUCUCCAGGAAAUAAAUCUGCAAAAUUACAGCGAACUAUGACUCAACUCUGCAAAUGUCACGAGACCAAUUCUUAUCUGACGUCAUAUUUGGGAUAUAAUUGGUUGAAGGUCAGCACUGUCACUGGCAGAGCCUUGAGAACGUAAAAAAACUGCCGGCUAGAUAAAUAGGAACUUCAUAAUUUACUUCUGAUACUCGCAUGCCAUUCUGUUCCAAGAGACUAAAAUAUUUAGCUAAUGACAACGCUCUUUUGUGCUGCUGGAUCAACAGAAAGUCGUUAGUCUGGAGUUUUUUAGUAUUAUUUAUUUUGGUUUGAAGCCUUUUCUGCGUAAUGUGUAUUUCCGUUGCUUUUCUAUUUUGUUCAACAGUAAUGCCAACCUGGGGGACGGGGGUCAUGGCGCAGACGGCACCAUUGAAAUCGUUAGAGGGAAGGGGUGUUUUAAGGGGUAAUUUUCACUUUUUUAGGGAGGCUCUUGUUUUGGGGGAGGGUUUCGUAAUAUUUAGGAUGGUGCGCUCUUGUUCUUAGGGAAUUGGCACCCCUGUGUUCAAGACAAUGGGGGAUGUAGGGCAAAGUGAAAAAGCGGGGCAAAGUGAAAUGGUGGAAUACUUACUCUGAUUUCAUCGUCAAAUAUCUGGUAAUAUUUUAAUUAUGUAGUUACACAUGUAGUUUAUUCUAGGUAGGAAAAGUUGUCUUUGAAGAUCAAAGCAUAUGAUAAUACAAGCAAUUUUUAAAUAUUGAUACUCAUGUUGUAAUAUUUUGUUGAAAGUAAAAAAUAAAA